AUGAGAAUAAGAGAGUAUUAUACCCAUUUCAACACUCUGCCCAACUGGAAACUUGAUACAAACAAAGAUUAUUCAAUCCCACAAGACUGGGAUUUCCAUGCUAAACCAACAACAAGAGAAUACAACUUCACAAUAUCUGACAUUUUGGCAAGUCCUGAUGGUGUAUUACGGAAUCUAACCGUUAUCAAUGGGAAAUUCCCAGGUCCAAUGGUUGAAUGUAAUGCUGGUGAUACUUUGAAAAUUAAUGUUUUCAAUAAUGGGUCAGAUCCAACAACUAUUCAUUUCCAUGGGUUGUUUUUCAAUGGAACAAAUUAUUAUGAUGGUGCCAAUAAUAUAAACCAAUGUGAAAUCCCAUCAAAUAGAUCAUUCACUUAUGAGUUUAAAGUUGAUGAAUCUCAAUAUGGUACUUAUUGGUAUCAUUCCCAUUUUGGUACUCAAUACGCUGAUGGUGUAUUGGGUCCAGUUGUUAUUCAUUCCAAAGAAGAGAAGAAACUAGUGGGUCAUUUAUAUGACCAGGAUUUAGUUGUAUUGAUUAGUGAUUAUUAUCAUGAUGUUGCUAAGAAUUAUUUGGAUGAUUACUUGGCUUCAAAUAAUGAAAAUGAUGAACCAACUCCUGAUAAUGGGUUAAUUCAAGGUUCCAACGUUUUCAACAAACCUCAAGAUUAUUAUAGAUCAACUGAAUUCAUUCAAGAUCACUCUGCUCAUCAUAUGUUCAAUUUGAAACCAGACACCAAAUAUAGAUUACGUAUCAUAAAUUCAGGGUUUUUCGCAGAUAUAGAUUAUUCAAUUGAUCAACAUCCAUUAACAAUAAUCGAGGCUGAUGGUACUUUAGUGGAUCCAAUUGAUGUCGAGGUUUUAAACAUUGCAGUGGCUCAAAGAUACUCGGUCAUCAUAAACACCAAUGCAACUAGUGAUAAUAAUCUGUUUUGGAUGCAUGCUAAAUUAAACAAUUAUUGUUUUGGUCAUGAUAAUGAUUGGUUAAAUACGGAUGUGAAAGCCUUGGUUAGUUAUAAUGAUAAAAACUUUUACAAUUUGGUCUCAUCAUUACCUCAACCUCCAACUUCAAAAGAGUACAAUUAUUGGCAAAAUCCAGAAUGUAAAGAAUUGGAUGAAUCUUUACUACACCCCUUGGUUAAAGAUAAUGCACCAUCUAAUUAUAAUCAUCAUUUCAGAUUAGACGCCUCGUUUAUGAUUGGUGCUUAUCAACUAGAUCGAGGUUUUUUCAAUUCAACAACUUAUAGACCAAUGAAAACUUCAACUUUAUAUAAACAAAUCUCAAACGUUUCAGAUAAUGAUCCAGAUUGGCUAAAGACAGGCUCAAUCAUACCAUGGGAUGAUCAAUUAAUAAUCAACAUCAAUGAACCAAACCAAGUUGUGGAUAUCUUGAUAAAUAACUUGGAUGAUGGAUCUCACCCGUUCCAUUUACAUGGUUAUAAAUUUUGGAUCCUAAAGACAAGUUCAGGAAAUUUUAAAUUUAAUCAAUAUGAUGAAAUUGACCCUAAUAAAGAAUAUAUGAAAAGAGACACUAUAAACAUCCCAGGUUAUGGGUAUGCAUUGAUUAGAUUAAUAGCUGAUAAUCCUGGUGUUUGGCCAUUCCAUUGUCAUAUUGGUUGGCAUAUGGAGGCUGGGCUAUUAAUGCAAUUGAAUGUUUUACCUUCUGUAUAUAGAGAUUGGAAAUUCCCGGAAAGUUGGUUAGAAAUGUGUGAUUUGAAACAACAAAGUUGA